AUGGGAAAAAAUAAAACUAAGAAAUCUCUCCCAUUGCACAAGAUCAUUAUGGUGGGAUCUGGUGGAGUUGGUAAAUCAGCUUUGACAUUGCAAUACAUGUACGGUGAUUUCGUUGAAGAGUAUGACCCAACAAAAGCAGACUCAUACAGAAAAAAAGUUACAUUAGAUGGCCAGGAGUGCCAAGUAGAUAUUCUAGAUACAGCAGGACAAGAGGAAUAUGCAGCUAUUCGGGACAAUUACUAUCGAUCUGGAGAAGGUUUCCUGUGUGUAUUCUCGGUUUGUGAACAAGAAUCCUUGGAUCAUACACAAGAAUUCCGUGAUCAAAUCUUGCGUGUAUUAGGCGACGAAACAGUUCCGUUUGUUUUAGUAGGAAACAAGGUUGAUUUGGCACAUUUGCGUAAAGUAACUGCAAACGAAGCUUCUUCAUUGGCAGCUGAAUGGAAUUGUUCGUAUAUUGAAACAUCGGCAAAGACUAGAUACAAUGUAGAUGAGGUCUACACCAUGCUAAUGCGACAAAUCAGAGAUCGAAAAUUAAAAGAGCAAAAGUCUGAUAAUCCCGAAAGAGAUUCUUGCUGCGUUAUACUCUAG